ACUAUUUGCGUUAAUUUCACAACAAGGAACAGUACAGAAGUUCAACGACACAUGAAGUUAUUGUAUCAGGACGCACUUUGAUUCAUCAGUCCUGCAUUCUGCUUUCCUGCGUAUUUGCGUAUUCGCCCGACACCUUCACCAUGCACAGAGUUAAAGUCAUAUCUGGCCAUCUUUCAUCUUACCCUCCUCAAGGUGGGAACAGAAAAUGUAAUAUAAACCACUGUCGUGCCAGAGCUGCAGUCUCCGGGCCGGAGGACGUGGUGGUAGUGCAUGGACGCAGGACGGCCAUCGGGAAGGCGAAACGGGGUUUAUUCAAGGACACCACACCUGAUGAACUCCUCAGCGCAGUGAUGAAGGCCGUGAUGACGGACAUGGGGCUGUCCCCUGACCGACUCGGGGACGUCUGUGUAGGCAAUGUGCUCCAGCCCGGAGCAGGGGCUGUGAUGGCCAGAAUAGCACACUUUCUCAGUGAGUUUCCAGAGACGGUGCCUGUGUACACGGUCAACAGACAGUGUUCUUCUGGCCUACAAGCCCUGUUCAACAUAGCAGGAGCGAUUAAGAGUGGCUCCAUUGACCUGGGCCUUGCGUGCGGCGUGGAGAGCAUGUCGCUCCAGGAGAUGGGGAACCCCGGGGACCUGAGCCCCAGGCUGGUGGACUUCGAGAAGGCCAGGGCCUGCGUGGUUCCCAUGGGUAUCACCUCAGAGAAUGUAGCUGAGAGAUUUGGGAUCUCCAGGGAGAAGCAGGAUGCCUUCGCAGUGAGCUCACAUCAGAAGGCCGACCGGGCCCAGCGGAGCGGCCGAUUCGAGGCGGAGAUCGUCCCAGUGGUCACCAGGGUGACAGAUGCCGAGGGGACGGAGAGCACGGUGACGGUGCUGAAGGACGAGGGCGUGCGGCCCUCCACCACGCUGGAGGGGCUCGGGAAGCUCCGGGCCGCCUUCAGGGCGGACGGCAGCACCACCGCCGGUAACUCCAGCCAGGUGAGUGACGGGGCGGCCGCCCUGCUGCUGGGCCGCCGCUCCGCCGUGGAGGCCCUGGGUCUGCCCGUCCUAGGGGUCCUGAGGGCCAGCGCCGUGGUGGGGGUCCCCCCCGACAUGAUGGGCAUCGGCCCCGCCUACGCCAUCCCUGCAGCGCUGGAGCAGGCUGGACUGAUUGUUGCUGAUAUUGAUGUCUUUGAAAUAAAUGAAGCUUUUGCAAGCCAGGCGGUGUACUGUGUAGAGAAGCUGGGCCUCCCGCUGGACCGGGUGAACCCGAACGGCGGAGCCAUCGCCCUGGGCCACCCCCUGGGCUGCACCGGCGCCCGCAUGGCGGUCACCCUGCUGCACGAGCUCCAACGCAUGGGGAGGAGGGGGUAUGGUGUGGUCUCCAUGUGCAUUGGGACCGGGAUGGGAGCUGCAGCAGUCUUUGAGUAUCCUGGGCCCUAGAGGAAGUCCUGAGAAAAGUAAACUAUGAUCUCUCCACCCAACCAUACUGAGUCAUACUGAGUCUAAGGAGCGAUGAUUUAAUGGUGUUUGUGAACGCCUCACAAACUGCCCUUUGGUCAAUCAGAAGAACUCUAAUCUUUGAAAUGAUUGAUUUAAUCUCAGGUGCAUCCAUUUCUUUACAUGACACACCAAUCCUGCCACAUGGUUCACUGUACAUGAUGUAUUAACCUUAAUUAGUUAAGGUGUUGCAACUAAUGUUUAAUCCAGCGCAAGGAGAAGUGUGUAAUUAAUAUGAAUAGGGAUGACGGGACCAAGCACAGGUGUUGAAUUUUAAUAAUGAUCACUGAUUUAUUUGUUUUUAAUGUUCAGAAAAUAAACAGAAUGAAGAAUAAUAAA